AUCACGAGACCACGUGUUGUGAAACAUGGCAGGACAGGGUGAUGACCGAGGUGAUGACAGGCUGAGUCCAAAUCAGUUAGAGAAGGCAACUAAGGCUAUUCAAAUUCUUGCUGGUUUAGAUAUACCCGACACUAUCUCCAAGAGAAGCUCUUCAGAUGAUGUCCUUGCUGCAGCUGAUCGUUGCCUUGCUACUUUUAAUAAUAGUCAAAGAUUGAAAUCUAAACCUCCCUCUAAGAGAAAGGCAAAGGAUGAAGUUUUGUCUAUUUUUAAGAGGUCCAAGGCUGCCACUAAGUUAGGGGAGUCCAGCAAGUGUCUCUGGAAGCACAGUUUUGUUUGUUUAGCGUACUGUGGGCAGACUAGAAUUCCUACAACAGAGAUAGAAAAGGAUGACCUACUGCGAGCGGGUCUUGGGGAAAAGGAAGUGGAAUUCUUUAACAUGGAGAUAGGAGCUGAAGCAUUUCGAGAUUUAUUGUACGACAAGUUUCCACCCCUGAGAUGUGGAGGAGGAUUUGAGUUUUUGAAAUGCAUCCCCAAUUCACGUAAUAUGGAGGUCUUAUCUCCUGUUACUCUGUCGUCUCCAUUGGCACUGAAGACUAGAGUCGGUACUACAAAGCGCACAUAUAUACGUCCAUUGCAACAAGAUUUGGAGUUGUCUGCCAUAUUUGAUUUACCUAGUGGACCUGAAGAGGAAUGUUUGAAGUGUGGUGAGUAUUUUAAUUUGGGAAAACUGGCUAGUCAUAUUUCUUCAUGUGGACGAAAAGUAGAAAUUGAUCUUACAGAUGAAUAUGGACAGUCAUCAUCAAAAGUAAAGGAGGAGAAUACUGGAAUCAGAAAUGAUUUUGAGAAGGAAUUUGAUUCAAUUGAGGAUUCUAAGUACUAUUUUGAUGCUGUACUUGAACUAGAGAAUGACAUUGUUCAAACUGUGAUGGAACAGAGUAGCAAGGAAAUCACAGCAGCCUGCAAUGAACAAGCUCCUUUAAUGAUGAAAAUUGGGGAAAUGAAGAAGCAAAUUGAUACUGAUGAAACUAUGUUCCUUGAUGUGCGUAGAGGUUUUGUCUUAAUAGAUGCUAUGAGGCAAGCUACUAAAAAGAAAUUCAAUCCUUAUCAACUGCUCAAAAUCAGAUUUGUUGGUGAAUCUGCUAUCGACCAUGGAGGUCCGAAAAGAGAAUUUUUUCAUCUUUUAGCUCUUGAUGUUUCGAACAAUUACUUUUCUGGAGCAGAUAAUGGAUCAAGAUUUUUAAUUAAUAAUAUUAUUGGUGUUCAGGAUCGAAAGUAUUAUUACUUGGGUGUCUAUUUUGUUCUGUCUGUUCUUUAUGGAGGAAAUGGCUUCCCAUUUAUGCACGACUCACUCUUCAAUUACUUGGUUUAUCAAUCCAUAGAUACAUCAACUGUUUCUGUGGAUAAUAUACCUGAUCAGACACUCAAGUUCCUUGUCAAUAAAGUCCUUGAAGCAGAAACUGAUGAUGACAUCCAGAUAAGCUGCUCCAUUGAUGAAUCAUUGGACUUACUGCUAGCCACUGGCUUUAGGAAAGCUGUGUGCAAUCUUACACUUGAAGACAGGAAUGAUAUCAGAAAUGCUCUGCUAAAUUAUCACCUUAUUGCCAAGGUAAAGGCUGAAUUAGAUCAAUUUGCAGAAGGUCUUCAAACUUUUGGAUUUUUAUCAUUUGUUAAAGCCGAUCCUCAUACUUGGAGACCUUAUUUUAUACAAACAGACAAGGAAUUAACUCCUGAUAUCAUAAAAGGUAUGUUGUCUGUGGAGUAUUCAGCUAAAGGAAGUGUUGACCGUCCCUUGGAAGAAAGAACCUAUAUGUUUUUUGUAGACUUCUUGGAUGAUUGCUACGAGGAAGGUAUCUCUGGUUGUGACUUGUCUAAUUUCCUUCUGUUUUUGACUGGGACGAGCAGAAUUCCACUUCUUGGAUUUGAAGAAAGCAUCACACUCCUUUUUUUGAAGUAUGGAAAUUUUCCAACUGUAUCAACUUGUGGCAUUGAGAUUCGUUUACCUACCAUUCAUGACACUUAUGAGAAGUUUAAAGAUAUUAUGAUUCAUGCAAUAAAAGGAAAUGAUGGUUUUGGAGGAGGCCCCUAAGUACACUUCUUUACUGGUUAUUAUUACUCAGUUAUUGUUUUACAGUUAUCAUUCAUUUAUUCAAGAACCAUUUUCUUUGUUCAUCAUUAAGUCUCAUGUAUACAUUUCAUGUAUUCUCAUUUAAAGACAUGUACAAUUGUACAUUUUUUACAAUUGAAAAAGUUGAUUGUAAAGUUUAUGACAAAUUAUUGUUCAAAAAAGUUUUUGCCAUAGUGUA